ACCUUGAAUCUCUUCAGGAGGGGUGCUUUUGAAUAAUUAAUCGCGGUCUGUGAUUAUUAGAGCAACUUAAACUUUGAGUCGUGUCUAUUAAUAGCUUCAUCAAUAAACAUAGGUGCAAAGGCUACUAAACUACAGACGUUUUGGUACCAUCCUGUUUACAGAUUCGCUUGAGUGAAGUGCAAUGACCACGAUGUGGGUGCCCAACCUGCCCCUCGCCGUGCUCACCGGCAUGGCGGCCGGCGCCGGCGCGCUAUGUGUAUUCAAGGACAUGUACGGGGGCACGCCGUUCGACAAGAAGGUCCGCGCGGAGGGCCUGACGGUGGUCGUGACGGGCGCCAACACCGGCAUCGGCCGCGAGACCGUCGCCGAGUUCGCCAAGCGCGGAGCUAAGGUGUUCAUGGCGUGCCGCGACAUGGCGAAGUGCGAGGCGGCGCGGCGCGAGAUCGUGCUGGAGUCGGGCAACAAGUACGUUUACUGCCGGCCCUGCGACCUCGCCAGCGUCCACUCCGUCAAGAAGUUCGUCGACAGGUUCAAGAAGGAAGAGCCGCACCUGCACGUGCUGGUGAACAACGCCGCGGUGCUUGAGCCGCCCGAGCGCCUCACGCCCGACGGCUUCGAGACGCAGCUCGCCGUCAACCACCUCGCACACUUCCUGCUCACCUCGCUGCUCACCGACACGCUCAAGAAAUCGGCGCCGAGCCGCGUGAUUGUGGUGACGUGCAAGUCGCACUUCAAGGGGCGCAUCCACCGCGACGACCUCAACAGCGCCACCGCAAGCGACGCCUACAACCAGAGCAAGCUCGCCAACGUGCUCUUCGCCAGGGAGCUCGGACGCCGGAUGCUCGGCACGGGCGUGGCAGUCUCGGCGGUGGACCCGGGUUUCUCGGACACGUACAUCACGCGCCACCUGCCGAUGUCCCGCAGCUUCACGCGCUUCUUCGUGUACCCGCUGUUCUGGCCCGUGAUGAAGAACGCGCGCACCGGCGCACAGACUAUCCUGCAUGCCGCGCUAGAUCCCGCGCUCGCUGAUACCAAGGGCGACUACUUUGUCGACAAGGAGCUGGCGCUGCCGUCGGCUGAGGCGCAGGACUACGAGCUGGGGCUGUGGCUGUGGAAGGUCAGCGACAAGUGGAUCACCAGCCGCCUCGCCGCACCCGCCCCCGCCGCGCCCCCCACCCUCACACCGGCGCGCGCACCCGCCGUAGCUGCGCCCCUGGUGGCCGCCGCGUGAAACUAUUGUAUUAACAAGUAAAACCUGAUCAGGAACAAAAAAGUAACCAUGUUGAAUAAAGACAGUAAAGUAAACUGUAAAGCCUCACAAGGAACAAAAAAAAGUUACUUAACAUGUUGAAUAAAGACAGUAUUGUUGCAACACUACUAUAAGAUUAGAGGUCUCCAAUCAAAGUUCAUAGUGCUGAUGCAAUAAACAGGCGCGAGCGGGUUUUCAGUAACUGGUCAGCUUUUAACAUUUUUGCAACUAUUAUUUACUAUCUAUGUAUGCCCCCUGUUGAAACCAAACAAUCAAUAUUUAAUUGCUAUGAUGGAAAAAAUUGUGUGGUGUUCGUGGAUUAAGAGGUGCGCGAGGUGCAUUUAUUGUUAAAUAAUUUAGUUUUAAUUUAGACAAAUAAAUGAUAGUGUUUA